UCCCAAAAACUUUAUAGGAAGAUUGAAAAUCUAUGACCUGACUAGACGCUAGAUUUAUGACUGUCUAUAAUAUGUUCACUCUGCAGUCCUUACAACAGCUCAAUUUUGAGCCAAUAAAACGGCAUUUUCUUUGAGCCGAAGUAUCGCGAUAUUCUGAUUGUUUGCAAAGAUGGCGGCUUCCUUGAAGAAAGUAGCUCAUGAUAUUGAAUCACGCAAAAGAACUGAUGAUGUUCUGUUGUCUGAAGGAAUUGAUUUUGGUUCUUUGCUGUUGUCUCAGCCCGUCCUCGAUGGACUCACUGCUGCAGGUUUCCAGAGACCCUCUCCGAUCCAGCUAAAAUCCAUCCCGCUUGGGCGAUGUGGACUGGAUCUGAUUGUUCAAGCCAAGUCUGGCACGGGGAAGACCUGCGUGUUCGCCACUAUCUCCCUGGAUUCUCUGAUCAUACAGAAUCUAGCAACACAGGUGCUUGUCCUGGCACCCACCAGAGAGAUUGCAGUCCAGAUCCAUUCGGUGAUCACGAUGAUCGGCAGCUGCAUGGACGGACUGGAGUGUCAUGUAUUUAUAGGGGGAACACCGGUGAGCCAGGACAAAGCGAGACUGAAGAGAUGCCACAUUGCUAUUGGGUCCCCGGGACGUGUGAAGCAGCUGAUUGAUUUGGGGUUCUUGUCUACAUCAGCCGUUCGCCUCUUUGUCUUGGAUGAGGCUGACAAGUUGCUGGAAGAGGGCAGCUUCCAGGACCAAAUCAACUGGAUAUACUCCACUCUACCAGCCAGCAAGCAGAUGCUAGCCCUGUCUGCCACUUAUCCUGAGUCUCUGGCCCAGAACCUGGGGCGCUACAUGAGAGACCCCACCUUUGUGCGACUUAAUGCUACUGACCCCAGCUUGAUGGGGUUGAAGCAAUUUUACAAACUGGUGCGUUCCCACCCGCUGCCCCAUAAGAUCUUUGAGGAGAAGGUCCAACACUUGUUUGAUCUCUUCAGCAAGAUUCCCUUCAACCAGGCCCUGGUCUUCUCCAAUCUUCAUAGCAGGGCACAGCACCUGGCUGAUAUCCUGUCGCAGAAGGGCCUCCCUGCCACCUGCAUUUCUGGCAGCCUGAGUCAGGACCAGAGGCUGGAGGCCAUGGCCAAGCUGAGGCAGUACCAGUGUCGUGUGCUCAUCUCCACCGACUUGACCUCUAGGGGGAUCGAUGCAGAGAAGGUCAACCUAGUCAUCAACCUAGAUGUGCCGCAAGACCAUCAGACAUACAUGCACCGUGUUGGGCGAGCAGGCCGCUUUGGUACUUAUGGACUGGCAGUGACGUACUGUUGCCAUGGAGAGGAGGAGAACAAGUUGAUGGUCAUUGCACAAAAGGGCAAUCUGAGUCUUUCUUGCCUACCAGAUCCCAUCCCGUCUGGACUGAUGGAGGAGCCCUGUGACUGGGAUGUCACUGUUGAAAACCUUAAGAUGGGCCCUGCUCUCGAAUCCUUCGCCAGGUCUGAGAAGAAGAAGAGACCGAUAAAACGUGAGGUUGCCCUUUCGGCACCAUCUCAGCCGGAGGACUCCGGUGCCGAGCAGCGCCAGGAGAAAACUGCUCCCAGGCAGCCGGUAAAAAGCUCCAACCUUGGAGUUACUACAAAGACAAGUAAGCAGCCAAAAAGAACAACGAAUGUGCGUGAUGAGUCCAUCCCAAAAGCCGCGCAACCGGAGACGAAACCCCACGACGUGCCUCAGAUUCCUUCUCUGUCCUCCUUCAAAGUAAAAGCAUGUUCUGCCAUGCCCUUUGAUGAAGUGGUGGCUGACUAUGAGAGCUUCAUCACUGAAGGCCCAGGGCGGACCGUAGAGGUGGUGUAUCAGUAUACUGGGAACAGUGUUCCGGAAAGGCUCCAGAGCAGUGCGCCGGCUGCUGAAGUGAAUGGUAGAAGAGAAGCUGGGGAUCAGUCAGUAGAGGGGGAUUCUUCUCCUUUGUCCCCUGGAUCAACCUCUUCAGUCUCUGCUGCAUCUACGGAGGGAUCCUCUGAGUCAAGCUCAGAUUCAGAAGAGGAAAGGAGUGAGGGCCAGAGUAUAAUGAGCAGUCCAGAGACGGAUGAGGGAUCUGUUUGUGGCUCGAAAGCUUUCACCAACGGGCCGCCUGCUGAUCGGUUACAGAACCUAGAUGCAUCGAUAGAGCAACCAGCUUCCCUCCCUAAAGCAUAUCUGGAGGAUGAGUCUCAAGGGAAACACUGGAGACACAGAAAUAGCAACACCAGACCCUGCAAGAUAAAAGACAGGAAGACGGAGAAAUAUGCCAGAGAGGAGGCCUGCGAUGAUGCAGAGGGCAAUGAGGAUCUCAGGCAGGCCUAUCAUCAGGCACGGCAGGAAUACUGUGCUGCAGGGGCCACACGCUACCCUCAGGGGUACAGUGCAGCUUACAGCUGGAUGGCCGCAUAUCGAAUGAAUGCCAUCUAUAUGCAGGAGCUACUUAAACAGUAACCGGUCUUUUUGGUUUAGAUUUUUGCGGAUUCCUUUGAUUGUUAAAAAAUAUAACUCAGUUCGUUAGAAAACCCCAGACCAAGAGAUGAAGAUCUUUUACAGAUGAUGGUUUAUUUUAUUUAUAUAUAUAAUUUUCAGAAGGGAUUAAAAAUGUCCUAAAUUAAUGAGUCAAGACUGGGAGGAUAACAUGAGAGUUUUGACCAAUAUUUUCCAACCUGGUCCUUGGGGACCCUAUGUUUUUGUUCCUUCCCACCUCCCUGCCAGACGGUCCAUGUUUUUGCUCCCUCCCAGCUGGGAGGCAGCAAAAACAUGAACCGUCUAGGGGUCCCAAGGACCGGGCUGGGAAACACUGGUUUAGACAGAAGGCCCUUUUCAGUGAAAUGAUGCUAGUUAGUUGAUGAAGACUGGGUUUGGUGUGUAGGUGGACUGUUUGUGUGGUGGAUGGACAGUAGGGGUCAGAAUAAAAAAUAAAAAAUGCUUGGGUAGUUCCGCUGACCUUCUAUAAUCCCUUUAUACUGGAUCAAAAAUAAAAUCUCUUCAUCCAUUCCAUUUUUAACAGCACUCUCAAAUCUUUAUUUGACCUCUGUGGGAAACUUUCAAAAAUUUAAAGUGCACUUAUGCGUAACAGUAAGUAUCUAGUAAUUCGGGACACACUCAUAAAGAUUGCAGCCAGCCUACAGACCAGUCGCACUGAAACUUAACCUGCGGAAAACGUAUUCGAGGACACGGGCAGGCUGGCCAAAGCUGAUGAUGCCAUGUGGGUAGAAGCAAGAUUUGCCAUUAAAAGACAAACCAGUCUGAGUAUUUACGUUAAAACCAUGUUUUAAAGGAAAUCUUUAGCUUUAUCUAGUGCCAUGAAUGACAUUUCGGAUAUGAAUUAUACGUUACACUUUUCUUUGACGAUGGUGGACGUCAUACUAAUGGCUGCCCCUUGCUCUGUUUUGAUUCUCACACUUGUUUUUGGCAACCCGGGAAAUCUGCUCUUGUGCUGGACAGCAUGUGCAAAUGAAACUUUGCAAAUGCUCAACAAUGCAGUCUUUGUUAACCUGGUGGCAAAUGCAUAGUUUUUCUGUCUUGAGGCAAUGCGAUAAUAAAGUUUUUCACAGCGUUAUAAACUUUAGACAUUUUGGAAAUCUGUUGUUGACUGGAAAUGCGAUGGAUUAAUCACAUUCGUUUAGUUUUUGCAUAUCUUUCAGUCGUCUACGAUCUCAAUGCGAUGACCUACCACACAGUUUCAUUUUUCUUUUCCUAUUAAACAGGUUGUCUAUGCACAUUGUUUUUGCAGUCAUUUCUAAGUUAUAUAAUCAGACACUGGCAGUAUCAAUACUUAGUAGUUCAUAAAACCAGACAAUGACGAUUGUAGAAACUCUUAUCUGAAACUGAAAUAAGUUCAUGCUAAAGAGAAAUGUUGAAUACCUGCUGACUGUCUGUUUUGGUAGAAAUUAGUAUCUGAGGUAAAGUAAAUCUUAGCCUGAUUUUCAGUUUCCACUGUGUUUUGCAAACCUUUUGUUUUUCCCAGUUCAGAAGCUGCAAAAUCCAUCACUUGUGUACCUGCAGCUGCCAAUGGACAACUUGGAAAUUCCCGUUGUGCAAGGACUGGACUGGGCAUCUGACAACCGGCAUUGUCCUUGAGGGUCAUGGAUUUGUGGGCGGGCAAAAUUGAUGGUGGGACUGGUAGGCAAAAGUUAUGGCCACCAUCUCCUGACCCCACUGGUUGGCAAAAUUCAUCAUGGGAGACCUCGAAGGCAUUGACCGAUUUUUAAUCCCAGUCCAGGCCUGUCUUGUGCUGAUUGUAGUUGGCGCUUGACAUGAUUACUGAAAAUUCACAAGUGUUUGCAUGAGUAAUGUGUUCAAUUAGAGCAGACUUUUUGAGAGGGACCUUGUCUGACCUGCCUUUUUUUUCUGUCUUUGACGGCAACGCUGCUCAGUAUCUAAGUCCCAGUUAUUAGAAUAGAGGACUUGUCCCCUAGUGUUUCUGAAAGCUGCCCUUGGGGACCACAGUUGAGCCAUGUUUUUUGCGCUCUCCCAAUUCCCUGGGAGAUGGGAGGGAGCACAAAUGUGGACUGUCUGGCCAUCCCAGAGGACUGCUUUCAGAAACACUGCCCUAAAUUCUACCAAUGUCUAUGUGAGUCUUCAUGUUUUUACAUAAUAAAUCUAACAUAGUAUCCUGAAA